GCGGCGGUACCCCUGAUGCUUGAGUGCGGCAGGUAUAUAUAAAGCUGCUCUGCGGGUCUCCGGUCCACUGACGGUGAGAGGAAGGCGGACAGACAACUGCAACAUGCCCGUGACCGGAAUCCACCAGACCGGAGGAAACUCACCGGCUCCUUCCGCAGAGGGAAAGCAUGUCAACAUGAACUCCCAGCCCGACAGCGGCCACCAGCAGCAGGCUGGCAACGGGUGCAACCACCAGGGUCUGAACCAGAACCAUCAACCACAGCCUGCAGACGGACCUGAGACGCAGGCCCUGCCCAUGCCGAUCCCAGACCCCCCCAUUCAGUACACGAAGUUGUUCAUCAAUAACGAGUGGCAUGAGUCCGGCAGCGGAAGAAAGAUUCCUGUGUAUAAUCCCGCCACAGGGAAGCUGCUGUGUGAAGUGGAGGAGGCUGACUCUGAAGAUGUGGACAAGGCAGUGAGGAGUGCCAGAGCCGCCUUCCAGAUGGGGUCGCCGUGGCGUUCCAUGGACGCCUCAGACCGAGGUCAACUCCUUAACAGACUGGCAGACUUAGUGGAGAGAGACCGGCUACUACUGGCAACACUAGAGGCUCUGGACUCUGGAAAGGUGUUUCUCAUGGCAUAUUUUGUAGAUCUGGUGGCCACAAUCAAAACCUUGAGAUACUAUGGUGGCUGGGCAGACAAGAUUCACGGCAAAACCAUCCCUGUAGAUGGAGAUUAUUUUACUUACACGCGACAUGAGCCCAUUGGAGUAUGUGGCCAGAUCAUUCCUUGGAACUUCCCGGUGAUGAUGUUUGCGUGGAAGAUUGCUCCUGCUCUCUGCUGUGGGAACACUGUAGUCAUCAAACCUGCUGAACAGACCCCAUUAUCAGCACUGCACAUGGCUGCUCUCAUCAAAGAGGCUGGGUUUCCUCCAGGAGUGGUGAACGUGGUGCCAGGUUACGGUCAGACAGCAGGUUGUGCCAUUUCCCACCACAUGGACAUCGACAAAGUAGCCUUCACCGGAUCAACUGCUGUUGGGAAGCUCAUUCAAAAGGCUGCAGGUGACAGCAACCUGAAAAGAGUUACACUAGAACUCGGUGGAAAAAACCCAAAUAUUGUGUUUGCAGACUGUGACUUACAGUACGCAGUGGAGCAGGCCCACAGUGGUCUGUUCUUUAACCAGGGCCAGUGCUGUCUGGCUGGAUCCAGGGUGUUUGUAGAGGAGCCGAUCUACCAGGAGUUCGUCUGUCGCAGUGUAGAGAAGGCCAGAUCAAAAGUCCUGGGAAACCCAUUACAGCCGGGGGUAGACCAAGGACCACAGAUUGACCAGAAGCAGUUCGAUAAGAUAAUGGAGCUGAUUGAGAGCGGGAAGAGGGAAGGAGCCACGCUGGAGUGUGGGGGGUCCGCGUGGGGUCAGCAGGGACUUUUCAUCCAACCCACAGUCUUCUCAAAUGUCACAGACGAUAUGCGCAUCGCCAAAGAAGAGAUUUUUGGUCCAGUGCAGCAGAUCAUGUGUUUCCGUAGCAUCCAUGAAGUCAUCCAGAGAGCCAACGCCACACACUACGGCCUGGCAGCAGGAGUGUUUACUUCCGACAUCGACAAAGCCCUCACAGUCUCCUCUGCUCUGCAGGCUGGGAUGGUCUGGGUGAACUGCUACAAUGCCAUGAGUGUUCAGUGUCCCUUUGGUGGCUUCAAGAUGUCUGGGAAUGGGAGGGAACUGGGGGAAUACGCUCUUCAGGAGUACACUGAGGUCAAGGCAGUCACCAUCAAAAUCUCACAGAAGAACUCAUAAUGCCGUCAUAUAACUGGACUGACUGUUUCCUGCCACCCCAUGGCUUCAGAUCCUCCACACACAUUUUAUAAUAAUACUCAUAUGGCACCUGGAUGUUGUGAAAGCAUCUGUGUCCUUUAUUUCUGUCAUUUCUCCUGAGAUAUUUCUAUUUUUUCAACCUCUCAUCAGUGUCGUGUCUCUUUCUCUUGAUAUGUCUCUGUCAGUGCUAACUUCCAUGUAUCUAUGUUUCUCUAGUGUACCAUCUCAGAUAUAUUUAACAGUUUAGUGGAUAGCAUGUUCUCUAGAGUAGUGUCUGUUAUGUGUUUGUUAGCUUUAAGGACCAGUGUGUGGGAUUUAGUGGCAUCUAGCGGUAAAGUUGCAGAUUGUAACUAACUGAAUACCUCUCGCCUUCCGAGUAUGUAAGAGAAACUCUGCCCCUAUCUAGAGCCAGCGUUUGGUUUGUCAAUUCUGGAGUAUUGUAGAAACCAGAGCAUGUGAACAGAGCCCAAGCGAGCGGGAAUGGGAGGAUUUCGAAUGGAGUGCAGAAUGGAUUUUAAAAAAGGUUUUAGCGUCACCAUAUCUCCAACUCCAUCCUGCUCCAGUAUGUGUAUCUCUAUAACCACUGUACGUGUCCCAAGGAUCAUUGCUAGGCUUUCCAUAAACUGUCAAUUCAAGCACAAGCACGAGUCUCGUGGCACCGGCUCUUCUGCUCAUUUGUAAUCAGACAUUCAGUUCAUGAAUUAUGUGUUAAUGGAUACACAGGGUGUCGCUUCUUCUGCAAUAAUGAAGCUUAAAGGACCAGGUUUUUUUUUCUCCUGCUGCCUGUGAGUAUAAUUAAAAUAUAACACAGCG